AAUUAUACUUAUUUCAUGUUUACACAGGCAUUAGAUCUAGCAUGGUGGAAAGAUUACAGUUUUCAAUGCGAACCUGUCGAUUUUUCAUAUACACCAAGAGCUUUACAGAUAGCCAGAGGAUGUUGGUAUUAUUUUCUACUUAAGAUUUUUGAUUGGCUGGACACGAUCUUCUUUGUACUUAGAAAGAAGCAAAGUCAUGUGAGUUUCCUUCACGUAUAUCACCACUCUGGCAUGGCAAUUAUUACUUGGAUAUGCGUUAAAUAUUUGCCGGGUGGUCACAGUACAUUUAUAGGAUUAAUCAACACAUUCGUUCACUCAAUAAUAUAUACAUAUUAUUUGCUAUCAUCUAUAAAAAUAAACAUGAUAUCGUGGAAAAAGCAUAUUACUCAGCUACAAAUGAUCCAGUUCUUCAUAGUAGCACUUCACUUCACCCAAUUAUUCUGGACGCAUUGCGGUUAUCCGAAAUGGACAGCGAUAUUCAUCAUACCGCAAGAUGUUUUCAUGCUCGUAUUAUUUGGAGACUUUUAUUAUAAUACAUAUCAGCGAGCAAAUUCGGCAGUAAAAUCGAAAAUGCAUCGAAAAUGAAAGCAAGCGUCGUCUCCGAGGAGUUCGUUUCAAGUGACAAAUAGAACAAAAUAGAAUAGAA